AAUGCACAUGUGCGAGUUCGUUCACAACGUUCAUUCCUUUUUUUUGAAGGUGAAGCAGCAUUCGCACGCUGUCCUCCACACACUUUUCAGAUUCAAAGAUGUCCACUGUGUCAGCUGCCAGCGUGGACUCUGCUCCCGCGACCCAGUGCGCCGAGCCGAAGCCGCUGAGACCCUGCUGCGCUUGUCCAGAGACGAAGAAAGUCAGAGAUGCUUGCAUCAUUGAAAAGGGAGAGGAUCAGUGCUCAGAGCUGAUUGAGGCGCACAAAGACUGCAUGAGGGCGCUUGGAUUCAAGAUUUGACCCACUCCAUUCUGUUGUGUUGCUGUGAGUGGAGGACGACCUUGGCCACUCCUUUUCUUCCCCUUGGUCCCCUCUUAUUUAUACCCUGACAGGAAGGGAUUUGUAGAAAUGAUCCACUCUGGUUCCAGUUUUUCUCCUUUUGUGUGUGUGUGUGAAAGUUGUGUUUUUAAAAAGUGUGUAAUUAAACUGCUGUAUGCGAUUGAAUAAAAGGUCUAUGCAAUAAAGA